AUGUCGUUCGGAUCUAACAUUUCGCUAAUAGAUUUAUCUAAACAAAUACCAUUUGAAAUUGAUGACACUUUGAAGAAGCAAUUAUGUUUCGGAGAAUCAUUAAUAAUAAGCUGUGGACACGUCGAUGGCAAUUUGGAUGAAAUUUUUUCGGAUUCUGAGUGCUCUAGUACCGAUUCUUCUCACAUCGAAGAACAUGAAAACGUUGAGGACAAGGAAGCUUUUGACGUGAAGACAGUGAAAAAGCAAGUAGACGAAAAUAUUAUAGAAGAAAAUGUCGACGACGACGAUAACUUUUAUUUUUAUUUUUUCCCCGAUUGUGAAAAACCUAUUCAGUCCGGAAGUAGUCAAAAUAGUCUUAUUAUUAAAGAUGGUAUGCCUAAAAUUAACCCUACAAAACAAAACACUAAGUACUGUACUUGUGAGCUUGAUAAAAACGGUCAAUGUAAAUGUUUUCACAAAAUACCUUGCUUAUGUGGCCCUAAAGAAAUUUCGGAAUGCACGUGUUCUAAGCUAGAUGGUGUAUGCAUAUGCAAUGACACUAAACCAACACCAAUAUGUACUUGUAAUGAGGCUGAAAUAUGUAUGUGUGACCCAGAUGGAAAGCCCCGUGUGGUUUGUACUUGUGAUGAGAUAAGUGAAACUUGUAUCUGUCAUACGAAUAAAGAUUUAGCCCUUAAUUGUAAUUGUAAACACAAAAUUAAGAGUGUUUUAACAUCUGAGAUCCAUCAAGAAAUUGAAAGUGGACGCAUCAACGUGCUAGAAAAUUUCAAUAAGGAGAAAGCAAAACUAGAUUAUGAUCGCAUACCGUGUGAAUGCCAAAAGUCAGAGAAGCAAGUUUUAUGUCAAUGUCUUAAAGGUAAAAAUUGUACGUGUAAGCCAGAUGUAUGCGUAUGUGAACAAGAAAAUAUAUUAUGUAUGUGUGAAGCAAUUAAUGAAGAAGUUGAACGUGAUAACGUUAAUCUUAAGCCUCCUUGUAACUGUCCGAAUCCCGAAGAGUGUACAUGUGAUUCUAAUUUAGAAAUUAUUUGUCGGUGUUUUCCUACUAAUAAAGUUUGUUCUUGUGAAAAUCCGGAGAACUGUAAAUGUUUUCACACUUGUCAAUGUCUUGAUCCUUGUGUAUGUGAUACUGAAGUUGACAACUAUAAUGAAUGUACUUGUUUCACGGAAUCUACCGAAAUGAAUCAAAAAGGAAAAGGAGUAGAAAAAUUAAAGAAAGUAAGGGCUGGAAAACACGGUUUUCGAUGGUGUCAUGAUGUUAAUCCACGACACACUUACUUUGGUUACGGGUAUGGAAGACAUGACAAAAUAAACUAUAAAGAAAAAGAAAAGGAAAAAAUUGAAAUUUUAGGGAAAAAUAAAGAAAAAAUAGUUAAAAAAGUGAGUGAUGCUGAACAUCUCAAAACACCAAUUUAUCAGAAAAAGGCAAGGAAACUAUCAAUCGAUUGUUGUAGUGCUGUUGGAGGUUAUUAUUGUGAUUUUAAAAUUAGAUUUUAUUCGAUAUGUUUUAUUUUUGACUUUAAUAUGCUUUAUUCUCUCGUAGGUUUAACAAUUAAUGUUGAGACUUUGGGAGAGGACAAAGAUAAAUUUCUUGUUCAAGUAGUGUCUCAUUCAUCUAAAGAAGGUGCUAAGACAGGGACUAAAAUUGUAAGCAUCAUAGACUGUAACCUUCAUACGCUGGAAGAAAAUAGAUCUGAAUAUAUUCAGAAGAGAGAUAAAUUUAAAGAGAAGCGAAAUUAUAUGGCAAUUUGUGAAAGCGGUUACUACAAUAAAGUUACUCAUAUAUGUGGGGACCGUCAUUUAAUAAAGCGGUUUUAUCAUACCUUUGAAGAAGCUCAUAACUUUUUGUUGGAAGGCGCUAAUAUCGUGCUUAUGCGUUAUGUGGGUCUCACUCGUUAUAAAGGUUGUAUUAAAACAGACACUGUCCUUAUCGAUGGAGUUGUAUGUGAAAGUAUUUUUGUCUGUUUAGGCGUCAGUCAAGCGAUUGUUAACGGUCAACCAUUGUUUGUGGAAAAGGUAGAGCGUCAUAUAAUAGAACCAUCUGGCUGUAUUCACCAAUCUCUAUCCGUCAUGACCCUUAAGGGUUACGUCGUGAGCCAAGAGUGGGCGGAUAAUAGUUAUAUUAUACAUAUAAAUCCAUUGUUACGGGUUUCUCCCGAGGAAAACGAAAUUGAACCUCACGCACCACUUCGCGAAUCUUGGCGUAAGGACCUACAAUUGUUAUCGGACUACUUAGAUUUCAAGGCUUCUCGAUCAUCGGAAGGUGCUCGUUACGUAUCUGAGAACGGUGAACUCACUGGAACCAUACGUGAUUAUUUACAAACCGUGCUGCUUUUACGUCCAAACGACGUGUUGCACUUUACAAGACACUACUUCGGUGCUGCACUAUCGGCUCUUGAUUUACCCCACAACGAAUUUUUUGAUUCGUCCGCUAAACAUGUGAGAUAUUUUUACUUUGAAGAAUAG